AUGGGCAUUCAAAUUCUUCUGGCUGGCCUUGGGAACAUGUCCCAUCCCCUCACUCGGCACAGCGCAGGACAGCUCCUCAUUGAAUCCAUCGCUGCACGAUUGGGCGUAUCUAUGUCUUCAAGCAGGAAUUCUGGCGGGCUCUUCGGCCAAACAGACGUCACAAUCGGCGAAAAGUCGGUCUCUCUGGCCCUGUUCACGCCUGAGGCCGCGAUGAACAUUUCUGGUCCGUCCGUGGCCGCCGUGCUUCGCCGGACCGCUCGCUCGCCUUCUUCUCUCGUUGUUAUACACGAUUCUCUCGAUCACGUCCCCGGCACGCUCUCCCCAAAAUUCGGCGGAUCUGCGAAUGGCCACAAUGGCGUGCGUAGUGUCAUAUCCGCAUUGGGAACAAAUGACUUCCAUCGUCUGCGACUCGGGAUCGGUCGUUCGUCGACGUCGGUGUCGGAGUACGUUCUGGGCAGACUCAGCUCCUACGAACGGCAACAAUGGGGUGCGAACGGCGAAGGGGUGGACCGUGCCUGGCAGGCAAUUGAGAAAAUCGUCGCCCAGAGUAGUGCUGCUCGAUAA